GGUGACAACGGUCAAUAAUGAAGGUGGCUGCGGCGCGGCGGCAGGCUCAGCUGCGCCGGGCGGGGGCGGCGCCGGGGCCGCGCCUGUAGAUCUCGGGGCCGGCGCGGCGGGAUGGGGACACCGCGCAGGGAGUGAGGCGGCGGCGGCGGCUGAGGCGAACUUCAGCCCGAGAGGCUCGCCCGUUCCCCCUCUCUGGUUUGUCGACCUCCACCCGCAGCCCCUCGGCCCCGGCGCCCCGCGGGACCAGGACAGCGACGGCGGGGGCAUGUGGCGCUGGAUCCGGCAGCAGCUGGGUUUUGACCCACCACAUCAAAGUGAUACAAGAACUAUUUACAUAGCCAACAGGUUUCCUCAGAAUGGGCUUUACACACCUCAGAAGUUUAUAGAUAACCGAAUCAUUUCAUCUAAGUAUACUGUGUGGAAUUUUGUUCCAAAAAAUUUAUUUGAACAAUUCAGAAGAGUGGCAAAUUUUUAUUUUCUUAUUAUAUUUUUGGUUCAGCUUAUGAUUGAUACACCUACCAGUCCAAUUACCAGUGGACUUCCUUUAUUCUUUGUGAUAACAGUAACCGCCAUAAAGCAGGGAUAUGAAGAUUGGUUACGACAUAACUCAGAUAAUGAAGUAAAUGGAGCUCCAGUUUAUGUUGUUCGGAGUGGUGGCCUUGUAAAAACUAGAUCAAAAAAUAUUCGGGUAGGUGAUAUUGUUCGAAUAGCCAAAGAUGAAAUUUUUCCUGCAGAUUUGGUGCUUCUGUCCUCAGAUAGACCUGAUGGUUCAUGUCAUGUUACAACUGCCAGUUUGGAUGGAGAAACUAACCUGAAGACACAUGUUGCAGUUCCAGAAACAGCAGUAUUACAAACAGUUGCCAAUUUGGACACUCUCAUAGCUGUGAUAGAAUGCCAGCAACCAGAAGCAGACUUGUACAGAUUCAUGGGACGAAUGAUAAUAACUCACCGAAUGGAAGAAAUUGUGAGACCUCUGGGGCCAGAGAGUCUUUUGCUUCGUGGAGCCAGAUUAAAAAACACAAAAGAAAUUUUUGGUGUUGCUGUUUACACUGGAAUGGAAACUAAGAUGGCAUUAAAUUAUAAGAGCAAAUCACAGAAACGAUCUGCAGUAGAAAAGUCAAUGAAUACAUUUUUGAUAAUUUAUCUAAUAAUUCUGAUUUCUGAAGCCAUCAUCAGUACUAUCUUGAAAUAUACAUGGCAAGCUGAAGAAAAAUGGGAUGAACCUUGGUAUAACCAAAAAACAGAACAUCAGAGAAAUAGUAGUAAGAUUCUGAGAUUUAUUUCAGACUUCCUUGCUUUUUUGGUACUGUAUAAUUUCAUCAUUCCAAUUUCAUUAUAUGUGACAGUUGAAAUGCAGAAAUUUCUUGGAUCAUUUUUUAUUGGCUGGGAUCUUGAUCUGUAUCAUGAAGAAUCAGAUCAGAAAGCUCAAGUCAAUACUUCUGAUCUGAAUGAAGAGCUUGGCCAGGUGGAGUAUGUGUUUACAGAUAAAACUGGUACACUGACAGAAAAUGAGAUGCAAUUUCGGGAAUGUUCAAUUAAUGGCAUGAAAUACCAAGAAAUCAAUAGUAGACUUGUGCCCGAAGGACCAACGCCAGACUCUUCAGAAGGAAACUUAACUUAUCUUAGUAGUUUAUCCCAUCUUAACAACUUAUCCCAUCUUACAUCCAGUUCCUCUUUUAGGACAAGUCCUGAAAAUGAAACUGAACUAAUCAAAGAGCAUGACCUCUUCUUUAAAGCAGUCAGUCUGUGUCACACUGUGCAGAUUAGCAAUGCUCACACAGAGUGCAUCGGGGAUGGGCCCUGGCAGUCCAACCUGACACCCUCCAGUUUGGAGUACUAUGCAUCUUCCCCAGAUGAAAAAGCUCUAGUAGAAGCUGCUGCAAGGAUUGGUAUUGUAUUUAUUGGUAAUUCUGAAGAAACUAUGGAAGUUAAAACACUUGGAAAACUGGAACGAUACAAACUGCUUCAUAUUCUGGAAUUUGAUUCAGAUCGUAGGAGAAUGAGUGUAAUUGUUCAGGCACCUUCAGGUGAGAAGUUUUUAUUUGCUAAAGGAGCCGAAUCAUCAAUUCUUCCUAAAUGUGUAGGUGGAGAAAUAGAAAAAACCAGAAUUCAUGUAGAUGAAUUUGCUUUGAAAGGGCUAAGAACUCUGUGUAUAGCCUAUAGACAAUUUACAUCUAAAGAGUAUGAGGCAGUAGAUAGACGCCUGUUUGAAGCCAGGACUGCCUUGCAGCAACGGGAAGAGAAAUUAGCAGAUGCUUUCCAAUUUGUAGAGAAAGACCUGAUAUUACUUGGAGCUACAGCAGUGGAAGACAGAUUACAAGAUAAAGUUCGGGAAACUAUUGAAGCAUUGAGAAUGGCCGGUAUCAAAGUAUGGGUACUUACUGGAGAUAAACAUGAAACAGCUGUUAGUGUGAGUUUAUCAUGUGGACACUUUCAUAGAACCAUGAACAUCCUUGAACUUAUAAAUCAGAAAUCAGACGGUGAAUGUGCUGAACAGUUGAGGCAGCUUGCCAGAAGAAUUACAGAAGAUCAUGUGAUUCAGCAUGGGCUAGUAGUGGAUGGGACCAGCCUAUCUCUUGCACUCAGGGAGCAUGAAAAACUAUUUAUGGAAGUUUGCAAAAAUUGUUCAGCUGUAUUAUGCUGUCGUAUGGCACCAUUGCAGAAAGCAAAAGUAAUAAGACUGAUAAAAAUCUCACCUGAAAAGCCUAUAACGUUGGCUGUCGGUGAUGGUGCUAAUGAUGUCAGCAUGAUACAGGAAGCACAUGUUGGCAUAGGAAUCAUGGGUAAAGAAGGAAGACAGGCUGCAAGAAACAGUGACUAUGCAAUAGCUAGAUUUAAAUUCCUCUCCAAAUUGCUUUUUGUUCAUGGUCAUUUUUAUUAUAUUAGAAUAGCUACCCUUGUACAGUAUUUUUUUUAUAAGAAUGUGUGCUUUAUAACACCCCAAUUUUUAUAUCAGUUCUACUGUUUGUUUUCUCAACAAACAUUGUAUGACAGCGUGUACCUGACUUUAUACAAUAUUUGUUUUACUUCCCUACCUAUUCUGAUAUAUAGUCUUUUGGAACAACAUAUAGACCCUCAUGUAUUACAAAACAAGCCUACCCUCUAUAGAGACAUUAGUAAAAACCGUCUCUUAAGCAUUAAAACAUUUCUUUAUUGGACCAUCCUGGGUUUCAGUCAUGCCUUUAUUUUCUUUUUUGGAUCCUAUUUUCUGAUAGGGAAAGAUGUAUCUCUGCUUGGGAAUGGCCAGAUGUUUGGAAACUGGACGUUUGGCACCUUGGUCUUCACAGUCAUGGUUAUUACAGUCACAGUCAAGAUGGCCUUGGAAACUCGAUUUUGGACUUGGAUCAACCAUCUUGUUACCUGGGGAUCUAUUAUAUUUUAUUUUAUAUUUUCUUUAUUUUAUGGAGGGAUUCUCUGGCCAUUUUUGAGCUCCCAGAAUAUGUACUUCGUAUUUAUUCAGCUUCUAUCAAGUGGUUCUGCUUGGUUUGCCAUAAUCCUCAUGGUUGUUAUAUGUUUGCUUCUUGAUAUCAUGAAGAAGGUAUUUGACCGACACCUCUAUCCUACAAGUACUGAAAAGGCACAGCUUACUGAAACAAAUGCAGGUAUCAGGUGCUUGGACUCCAUGUGCUGUUUCCCAGGAGAAACAGCAUGCACGUCUGUUGGAAGAAUGCUGGAACGAGUUAUAGGAAGAUGUAGUCCGACCCACAUCAGCAGGCACAAAAAUUCUACUUGCAUUUUGUUAAUUGAUGUUGGUAAAGGAAUAUCCCUAUUGCCAGCUCAGUUUCAAAGGGAACAUCUUGGUGUGCCAUGCUGUACCUUGAAGAGCUGCAUUUCAGCAAUAAAUGAUUUACUGUGUGUAUGUUACUAGUAGUUACUUUGCCCUACUCAAAACUAUCAUUUAAAUAGAAAGGAAUUAAUAGUGUGUCAUUCAAGUGUUGAAUGUUCUGUCAAAAAUGAUAUUUAACAUGAAUGUACAUGUGCACUUUGAAAAGAUAAAAAAUGAGGGAAACUUUAUGUAAUAAGAUUCUUCUGUGUAAGCAAUGGUUGGAAAGAAGAAAAAUAUAUUUUAUAUAUAUUAUAUUUCAUAAUAUAUAUAAAUAUAUAUUAUAUAAUUAUUUAUAAUAUAUAUUUUAUAAAUAAAAUAUAUAAUAUAAAAUAUUGGCAGUUGGGAAUUGGACAUUUGACUCCACAUAAUUAAGGUAUUGAUAGUUACGUUAAAAGUUACAGUUAAAAACAUACUUCUCCCCAUACCUACUCUUUAAGAAAUUUCUAUAUUCUCAUUUUAAUCAUUUUUCUGCAAAUGUUAUGUGCCUAAUAUGUGCUAGACAUAGUUCUAGAUGCUAGAGAGAGAGUAGUGAACGGGCCUUCCUUAAACUAAGGUAGAUACUUCUGAAAACAAGUAAAAAUCAGAGAACUGGAAUAGUUGCUAUUUGUUUUUCUGUUUGCCAAUUUUGUGAAGCCUCAAAAUUCUAAACUUCUUUUUGUUUGUGCUCACGUAAUAAUUGAUUUAAACUUGAACUCCAUGCCAACUUAGAGUCUCUGGGGGGGAGAAAGGAUAUUUCAUAAAGGUGAAUUGGGACCAUUUUAAAUGUUAGUCUCUUCCUCUAACAUCUCUAUUUAGUAAAGGUGCGCACCCUUGCAAAAGUUACGUAAAAUGUUUUUAUUGUUAAAUGGUUUUAGUCUCACAAGAAAGCCACCUUUCACUGGAUAAUCCUAAUGUUGUCCUUGAACUAGGUUAGUCUGUUUUAAGCAUGGCACACUAUGUACAGUCUUGAGUUAUUUUAGCUUAAAUUAACUCAAGCUAAUUUAAGUUUACAGCUGCAAAUAAAGUGUUAUGUAAUGAAUUGCUGAAGGGCCUUACCAUUCAGACAAUGGUUGACUUUUCCAGCCCAGUAGAGGAUCUUAGUUAAGUGAAAACUAGUGACCCACAGGUGUCUUUGAUACCUUUUAAAUAAACCAUUUGCUACAUUCUAGCUAAUUAUGCUCAAGUCUUUAGAAUAGAAUUUAUAACUGAAAAGAAAUGAACAAUAAUAUGAACAUAGUAAAAUUCCAUUCCAAAAUUUUUGGUAAGUGGGAUUUUUAUUUGUAAAUUUAACUUUUUAGUAAAAUGGAAUGUGCACAACUCUUCAUAUACUUAUUUCUUAUUACAUUACUAAGAUUUUAAAAGCAGCUUAUGCUUUACUACAUAUAAAAAUUAUUUUAAUGCUAAUGAAUGUCUGAAUUUUGGCUAAUAUUUUUAUAUGAUGACUAGAGCAUUAUUUUCCCUGAGUUUUUGUAUAAUAUAAAUAGAAUAUUUGAGCACUCAAUAGUAGUAUAAAGAACUUCUCUUCAACAUCUAAAAAUGAAUGAAUCAGUAAUUAUUUCAAACUCAAUUCGCAUUUUGGUCCUAAGUUUUAGAAAGUAAUUUUUUUCUCAAUUGAAACAUAGGUUCUGGUGAGCCAAACUUUUUUCUUAUUGUUACUUUAGAUCAUGGAGUGCAUCGGAUCCUUUCUAUACCAACGACAGGAGCAUCUUGACUCUCUCCACAAUGGACUCAUCUACUUGUUAAAGGGGCAGUAGUACUUUGUGAGAGCCAUUUCACCUCCUUUCCUAAAAUUCAGUGAGAUCAACCUGUAAUGGCCACACUAGCUCCGAAGUUACUUUCUGAAAUCUCUGGAGUAGUUCAGACCCACUCAGAGUCAGAUGGCAAACACACAGGAAGCUUUAACGUGAGCCCCUUAAUUUAAAUCUGAACAUGUUAAAAUUUGUGAAUAAAGAGACAUUUUCCAUCUCUUUGUCUGGUUUGUCCCCUGUGCUUAUGGGACUGCUAAUGGCAUUUCAGCCUGUUGCUGAGGCCACUGCAUUUUAAUGUCAAGGUAGAAAAGAGACAAAUCCUAGUCAUGUGGUUUUUUUUAGUGUUAGCUCGGUUAUUGACUCUUCUAUUUAAAUCUGCUUCUGUAAAUUAUGCUGAAAGUUUGCCUUGAGAACUCUAUUUUUUUAUUAGAGUUAUAUUUGAUGCUUUUCAUGGGAAAAGUUAAUGUGAAUAAGGAAUUUUGGUCCCUCAGUGACCUGUACUGUUAAUUCAUUAGUGUUUUCUAAGUUCACAGAGCAAAUUAGGAGAAUAAUUUCCAACCAUUAUUUACUGCAGUAUGGGUAGUAGAUUUAUACAAUACCAACUUCUCUAACUGUAUUGUAAUGUGACCCGUAAAGCUAACCGUAUAAAUGCAAAGGGUUUAUCAUAUCUUAUCUAUAAACCAGGAAUCAUGUGCAUUCACCAAAUUUCCAAUUGUUUACUGAUAUAUUUGUGACAGAAUAUGAAGAAUCUAUAGUGGGUAAAUUAAAUACCUUAGCGUAUUAUUAACGUCUUUUUCAUUGGAUCUUUUGCAUGCUUUAAUCUGGUUAAUAUAUUUAAAUUUGCUUUCUUUCCCCUCUUUAGAAGGCUCUGUUUAUAGAAUUUUAUGAAAAUGUUGUAAAAUUCAACUAUAUCAAUAAAAAAUAAGUUUGGAUGGUAUUUAAAUAUUGCAAAUACUUUUAAUUACACAAAUCAAAAUAUUAUGGGUAACUAAAUUAAUAAAAAGAAUAGCCUCUUUCUAUGGCCAACUUAGAAUUGUUCUUGCAUUUUGUAAGCUAGACUUUAAACUAUUAAAGGAUUUCAGGUAAGAAUUUUGUUAUUUUUAAGCUAGCAUAUGUUAUCUAAGUUACAACAAGCUACCAUAGUAAAGUGAAUUCGGCCCGGGGUCCCAUUAUAAGGUAUAAUUUCAGGCAUGGUGGUGGAAUGUGAGUGAAACAAAGUCUAAAAUGCUAAAUUUAUAUCUGAUAAUGGCAGUACUCAGUUAAAAUGAAUGCAAAGACUGGUUAAUCAGGUAUAUGUUAUUGCCUUUCAAAAUUUAAUUUUUAUCCCAAUUUUACCAAAUAGAUUCAGUGUAGUCAUUUGUUUUGUUAAAAAGUGAUAUUUUGAGAUUUGGAAAUAAUUAAGAACUAUUACCCAGCUACAUGCAUAUGUAUUUAAAAUUGUAAGAAAAAUGGUUAAAUGAGGUUUUGCCAAAAUUUUCCUUGAAAAUAUAAUUCCUUUUUGGAGAUUAGUUCUGUAACCCUUCACUCCUUUACUAUUUCAUGAAUAUAAAACUUCUGUAAUUGGGCUGGUAGGGAAGGAAUAGUAGGAGAUAGGUGGAGACAAGAAUUAAGGCUUUACUUUGCUUGCUAGCAACUAUUUUCUUUGUUUUUUGUUUCUUUUUUAAAGACAGAGUUUUACUCUGUCGCCCUGCAUACAGUAUAGAGCGCUAUGGCGUCAUAGCUCACAGCAACCUCAGACUAUUGGGCUCAGGCAGUCCUUCUGCCUCAGCCUCCCGAAUAGCUGGGACUAUAGGCGCUCACCACAGUGCCCAGGUAGUUUCUCUACUUUUAGUAGAGAUGGGGUCUCUCUCUUGCUUAGGCUGGUCUCCAACUCCUGAGCUCAAGCAAACCACACACCUCAGCCUUCCAGAGUGCUGGGAUCAUAGGCAUGAGGUACCGUGCCUAGCCACAAACUAUUUUCUUAACCCUUGUCUAUUUCAGUAAGUAAUGAUACUGAGUAUUGAUUUCAGGCUAAAUAUUGAUUUUCAAAAAUAGCUAUCCUUUAACUUAUAAAUUCUUGAGUUGGGUUUAGGAAGAUCUGUUUUUCUGGAAAUACAUUAAACAGAUAAUACAAUGUACAAUUCAUCAAUUCUUGUUCCAUAAAAGGAAAUAUGGCAGAAAUAUUCAGUAGAGCAUUUCUGUGGAAGAUAAUAAUGGAAUUUGCUUUCUCUUAGAAUAUCUUAUAUAAUGUACAUAUAACAAAGUGGCAUUCAUAGGCUUUUUUUUUCCAUAGGCUUUUAUUACAUCUACCUGAUGGUGUUUAUUUGCCGUCAAGUUGUCUAUGACCAACUACAGCUAAACAGGUGAUCAGUUAAGCCUACAAGGUGCUUACAGUGUGGUUAAUGUAAUUUUCUUCACUCACCACUUGAAGUUAGUUAAAAACUUUCUUUCAAAAGAAAAAGUAAGCUCCGUGCCUGUAGCUCAGCGGCUAGAGUGCCAGCUACAUACACCAGAGCUGGCAGGUUCGAAUCCAGCCCAGGCCUGCCAAACAACAAUGACAACUACAACCAAAAAAAUAGCUGGGCGUUGUGGUGGGCACCUGUAGUCCCAGCUACUCGGGAGGCUGAGGCAAGAGAAUCGCUUACACCCAAGACCUUGAGGUUGCUGUGAGCUGUGACGCCAUGGCACUCUACCCAGGGCAACAUCAUGAGACUCUGUCUCAAGAAAGAAAAAAGAAAAGAAAAAGUUAAUGGCAUCCACUGAUGUUCUUAUCUUAUUCUGUUGUUCAAAAUCUACUUCAUUUCUAAAGGAAGAUUAUCUUGUAAGUUUAAGAAAAGAGUUAUUUUCUAUUUAUUUAAUAACAGUGUAGUCUUCAAGCUUUUGUAGUUUUCUAAUGCUUAUAUUCAUAUUGUAAAACUACAUACAUAACCAAUAAUUACAAGAAAAAUUUCCCCUUUGCAUAUUCCUUUAAAAUUCUUUGUAAAGUAUGAUGUCGAUAAUUACUCUUGUCUUGCCAAAACCAGAGCAAGAUGCUAAAUGUGUUAUUGCUAGUUAAUUUAAUGUUCUUAAAUCUCACUUGCCUGCCUUUGCCUCAUCUGAGGCUGUAGCCUGAAGAUAGUGGCAGGCACCAAGUCAGUUUUCAAAAUUGUCUAUCAGCUGCUUUCGGUGACUCAGCACCAUACCCUGUGUCAGCGUUAGCAAGCAUUGGCUCACCCUGGGAGUAGUACAGUGUGUGCCAGUGAGAACAUAGCUACCAAGACUUGCUAUGAGUUGAGAAAAGGAAAGAAUUUAUGGUCCGCCUUUUCUAACUGCCCUGCUCCCUGGGUCUGAAGCUUUAUGAUGUACAAAGGCCUCCAGAAUGGACCAAAACCCAGGCACUAUCCCAUGUGGGCCAUCAGACAGAGGUGAAUCACUCUUUUAGGAUAUACCUGCACUCAGCCCAUUAGGACUAGGACUGGGAUCAUUUCUGCUGCAGAAGAUUGUGAAAUUAAACUUGUCUGAUAGCUUGAGACUCCUAAUAGGCAGGGGUCAAAGCCACUAAAAAUUUAACAAGUCAGAGGUGAAAGCAUUUAAAAUAUGCUCCUCUGAAAUUCCCUUUGGAGGCUGGAGGAAAAAGAAAAUCUCCCAUAUUUGUAUUUUUUCCUGUAAAGAUCCAUUGUGGGUGUGAUAAUAAGCAGGUAUUAAUAAAAAUAAUAUACCAAAGAGUCUUAUUAAUAUAAAACAUUUUAUUUGAUUUUGGUCCCAUUUAUAGAAAUUUUUAUUUCUAUCUUGAAAUGAGGUAUAUAUUUUCAUAAAAGGAAAACAUUUAAGUACUGUUAAAAUAACUUUUGAUAUUCUUAAAAAAUAGAUGAUGAUUAAUGAUAUGUUUGUAAUCAUGGUUAUUGUUAGAUUUUUAUGAGAUAUGAGUAUCUGGAAAUACUAUAGCAAUACUUAGUUUAAAAUUUUGGACCUCAGACACUGUGGCUGUCUAAUGUAAUUCUUUAAAAACCAUCUGCGUUGUCAGUAAGCAUAGUGUACUUAUUGUACAGAUCUCAGUAAUUUUUAAUGUUUAUGAAGUUAUAUUUAUCAAAUAAAAAUUUUCCUAUAUAA